GAUCCUGGCAAUUGCAAACACAGCCCAAGCCAGCAUUAAAAGAGAAGAACAGGAGAUUAAGCUCCUAUCAAGAGGUAAUUAAAGCUGGGAGAUAAUGAUGACAAUCACAGUGAAUCAAUUGGUACAGGGAUGUUUGCCCAACAAACGCCUGUCCUUAGAGACAGAAGCAGGAAUUAUUAUCCAUCAGCAGAAAUAGUCCAUCGAAUUGCUGUGAAUGACCCCGUCAGGUAAUUAAAGGGGCAUUCCAGCCCCACUGCAUUGUUUGCUGUUAAUCAUGAUUGCUCAUAUUCAUAGCUUUACCCAAAUAAUUGCUCCUGAUAAGGGCAGCACAUUUAUAGGAGACCACGAGAGGAAUGGGCCAGUGGAGCAUCAGUGGGAGCCACGAGGGACCAGGGUUGGAGGAAGGCAGGUGUGUUAUAAGUUCCGGAUACAGCUCCUGUGUGGUCCUUGGGGAAAGAUUUCAGGAGAGGACAUGGUUUCCAUGAUGACAGCUCUGUGGCAAGUCAUUAUUCCUAUGAUUGUCCUGUCCCAGUUCUCAGCAUCUCUGCCAUCCCGGGAGAGUCCCCCCAGGAUGGAGCGACAUGCUGACGGGCUCUUCCACAGCGAGCUCAGCAAGAUGAACGGCAACGCCUACGUGAGGCAGCUGGUCAAACACCUGGUGGGCCUCAAGGAGAGGUCCCAGAGACACUCGGAUGGGCUGUUCACCAGCGAGUACAGCAAGAUGAGAGGGAAUGCCCAGGUGCAGAAAUUCAUCCAAAGCCUCAUGGGCCGCAAGCGCAGCUCUCCUGGCCCGGUCAACACAGAUGUGCAGGAGAGAGAGGGAGAGAACAGCCCUGCAGAACUUUGCUUUCUCUGGUUGUACCAGAGCUUUCUGAACACCAGCCUCUCGGACAGAGAUGCCUGGGAAGCUGCUGCCACCACCAGCCAGUACAUUUGCCCCAUCUCUAAGCUGCUGGUUGCAGACAUGAAGGAAGAUACAGAUGGUUCUGCCUGAAGGUGAAGGGAAAAAAACCAGCCAAGG